UUGUCCUCCACAGCGUCCCUGGUCUCCACAGUUCUGUGGUCUUCGCAAGGUACUGAUCCCAACGGUGUCCUGACCUCCACAGUGUCUCGGUCGCCACAGCGUCCUGGCGUCUACAGAGUCCUGUUAGUCGACAGUGGUCUGGUAUUCGGCAAGGUCUUGGCGUGAGGGGCGGGGGCAUGGAGAGUCUGGAGAAGCAACUGAUCUGUCCCAUCUGCUUGGAGAUGUUUUCCAAGCCUGUGGUCAUCCUACCAUGUCAACACAAUCUGUGUCGCAAGUGUGCCAGUGACGUCUUCCAGGCAGCCAACCCCUACCUGACCUCCAGGGUUGGCUCCACAGCUUCAUCUGGUGGUCGCUUCCGCUGCCCGUCAUGCCGCCACGAGGUUCUUCUGGAUCGCCACGGCGUCUAUGGACUGCAGAGAAACCUGCUGGUGGAGAACAUCAUUGACAUGUACAAACAAGGAAGCGGCAGCAAGGCGGCGUCACUUCCUGCCGUGGCGGAGGAGCAUCCCGUGUGCGAGCAUCACGAGAAGGAGAAGAUCAACAUCUAUUGCCUGAGCUGCGGCGUGCCCACCUGUUCCCUCUGCAAAGUUUUCGGCACCCACAAAGACUGCCAGGUGGCGCAACUCGACGUCGUCUUCGCCAAACAGAAGGCCGAGCUGAGCGAGAGCAUCGCGGUGCUCGUGGGUGCCAACGAGAGGAUUCAGGCCGUCAUGGGGCAGUUGGAUGACACGUGUCGUGCGGUGGAUGAGAAUGGUCGCCGACAAAAAUCCAAGGUGUGCGAGUCGUUCGACCACCUCUUCGCCGUCCUGGAGGAGCGAAAAGGCGAGCUAAACGCCCGUAUUGUCGCCGAGCAGCAGGAAAAACUGGACUACAUCACGGAUCUCCGGAGGAAGUACGGUCAACAUCUGGAGGACGCCGCCAAGCUCCUGGAGAACGCCAUCAAGACAAUGGACCACGGCGAGAUGGCCGUGUUUCUGCAGGACAGCAAGCCACUGCUGCAAAAGAUUGCGGAUGGCAGCGACACGUCGAAACUGGAAAAAGUCCAGUCGGGAUAUGAGAAGAUGGAGCACUUUCGUGCGAACUUUGAACGCCAGAAGAGGGCGCUGAUGGCUGUUAAUUUCAUCAAAAUGAAUGGCGACGAUGCCGGCGACAAAGAGGACAAAACUGCGGAGAUUAGCAGUUCGAACGUAAACGAAGCGAUGCCGGCACCCUCUGCCGUUCUUCACCAUCCUGUUCCAAAGUUACUCUUUGAGGACCCGCCCCCUAUGACGAUAGACACCAAACCUCCACCAACAGACAGUCGGACCCCGCCCACUCCGGCCCCACCUGCCUCUAACCCCGCCCCAGAGGCAGCUUCUGCUGGAGCCGUCGACGCUGAGGACGCAAACAAACACAUUUUCUCCUUCAGCUGGCUCAACCACUAGUAACUUAUUUGUCUUCUUCUUCGACCUCAUCCUCUUUCUGUAGCGUUUCCCCAUCUGUGUAGCUAGUCAUCAACAUUGUUUGAAAGUGAAGCUAAUAAAUAUGACACUCGUGGGGAAAUA